AACAAGAGAGCGGAGCGCCGAGAGCACCCACGACGUAUCAUUUAGUCUUCAUUGGAUAGCCCUUCAAGCGACGCGACUGCAGUCGGUCUUCUCUACCAAAGUAUUCCUACGAGUGACUCUGCGACGGCUGCUGUGUUGGCUGUCGGCUGCUGCGACAACAGCAGUGCACCUUGCGCGGGAGCAAGUGUUCCCGUCGUUCCUCUCCUCUCUCUCUCGACUCCUUCCUCUCCGUCUAUCUUGUUCCAGCGGGCACAACAACCUCUGCCCAACCGCAGCUGUGAAAAGAAUUCCUUUUGUUUGGGCUGCCUUAGAAUUGUGGGUAGGCGACAGCGUUACUGUGAUACCGAGCACGGCGGAUAGCCGGCAUACAUACACCCGGCGGGCGCAACUAGCAGGGAGGGUUUGGGGACGAAAUCAUCAAUCAUGGGGGCCGCCUUCCAGCGCAUGCUCUCGGCGUUCUACACGCGACAGCUGGAAGUGGUGCUGGUCGGUCUGGAGAACAGCGGGAAGACGACCUUGAUGAAUGUUCUCGCUAGCGGUCACCCGGUGGACACGGUUCCCACCAUCGGGCUCAACGUCAAGAUGAUCAAGCGGGGCGGGGUGCAAAUGAAGUGCUGGGACAUCGGGGGACAGGCCCAGUACCGUGGCGAGUGGGGCCGCUACACCAGAGGGUGCGACGUGAUCGUCUACGUUGUUGAUGCUCACGCCGAGGAGAAGGCGGCGCUCGCCAGACGAGAACUGCAUCGAUUACUGGAGGACGAGGAGCUGGCGUCUACGCCGCUGCUGGUGUUGGCGAACAAGGUUGAUCUGGAGCCGCAUAUGAGCGAGGACCAGGUCAUCCGGGAGUUGAAUCUCGACUACGUGACCGCAAACCCUUGGAUUCUUAUCCCGAUAUCUGCGCUCAAGGUGAUAAACAUUGACCAGGUUUUGCAAUGGCUCGUCAAGCAGUCCCGAGGCUAGGCCGCAUGCUCCUACCCCCCCCC